AUGCCGAACCUUAAUGCGAGAGCCCCCAAGCCACGCACCAAGACCUUCACUGGGUGUUGGACUUGCCGGGACCGUCGAGUGAAAUGUGAUGACGAGCAUCCACAUUGCCGGCGCUGUCAGCGUAGCGGGCUCCAGUGCGGAGGCUACGGCCUGCGGCUAGGAUGGUCCCCAACCCCUGGAGGCCGCUCUCAUCGGCGGCAAUUACGGUCUUUGACCCAAGGGGCUGAUGGCCUGUCACCUACCGCUGUGACAGCACUUUUAAAUGAAUUGGAUGGCUGCUCGGGCGACGGCUGUGACCAGCAGCGAGGGCCUUUUUCGGUGUUCUCCGUCUUAUCCAAGACGGAUGUAUGCGCUGACGCUUCACAAUCGUUUUCACUACAAAUACGAGGAGAGAUAAACCAGCCAGCAUCAGACUUGAAUGCUACUACUUCAUCAAGCGACAGAGACAGUGACUUGCCCUCUCCAGGCCGAACAUAUGAUUCUUCGGACACAACGAUAUCCGUUAUAUCCGAGGAAGAAAUACCCACAGCAUCAAGAGAGCCAAUCUCCCAGAGGGAAGAUGAACUUAUCUCGGUCAACCCUUUGGUUAAUCAGCACAACUCCAGCGGUCUUGUACUGAAUUCAAAUCAUUGGAAUAAGGCCGCGUCAAAUAUCAGCACGAAUGCUGCUCCUCCCUUGCGGAGCUCUUUGAAUACCUUGGCCCUACCAAGACCAGAGACAGAAUUGAUUCACCACUGGGUCGUUUUCCUCAGCGGCAAUAUGCUGCUCAUCGACAACCCGGACAAUCCCUGCCGAGCAGUGUUCAUGCCCAUGGCCUUGAAAGGUCUCGAUGUCUCCCCGGCGGAGUCAAAUAUCCACCUUUCAAUCUUCCAUGCUAUCUGCGCUUCCUCUGCAUUUAGCCUCUACCAUAUUCGCCAUGACCAGCGAUAUCAUUCCCUCGCCAUGCAUCAUGACCAUCUGGCUCUGCGUCACUUACGUGGGAAUCUGCAGCAGGCUCAGCGUAUAGAUGAGACCACACUAGCUGCCGUCCUCACUUGUAUCACGUCCGAAGCGAUGUCUGGUCGACGUAGCCGGUGGAGGACACAUGUUGCUGGAUGUCUUGGUCUACUAGAAAAUGAAUUCCAUGGCGACUGGAUACGAAGCCCCAUUGCUUCGAGAUUGCUUCAAAGCUAUCUAUCCCUUUCGUCACUCUGCAGCCUUCCUGUGUCUGGGCGGUUGAUGUCUCUGCUCAAUGGUCCUUCGGAAUUUCGACACAAUCUCGAGCGAUCACAUGGAAUCACCACGCCACUGGUUCAACUUCUUGCACAGAUCACGGCCCUUGUUGAUUCUCAGAUUCAACUCUCUCUUGAAGAGCUAGAUCGACUUGAGAUGCAGCUCUACCUUAAUUUUCCAUCUCUGUCUAACCCAGACGCACCCGAAUCAAUCAUCAUCCAACAUGCUUUGAACUCAUUCUAUUACGCCACUAUCGUUUACUUCCGCCGCACGUUGCGGCGCGCACCACUCUGCGAGGUUCAGGAUUUGAUCGAGAAAGCGAUUCAAGAUCUUGAAGCCGUGGAUGCACUCACGCGCGGCAACGGCGGUUGUUCUUAUAACUGGGCCAGCUUUGUGGUCGCAGCUGACUGUGAACGGCCUGAUCUACAAGAUCGUAUGUUAGCUUUCUUUGAUCGCAAAAGUCGACACGGUAUCCAGAAUAUCAAUUUACUGUGCGAGAUUGUUCAGGCUUUGUGGAAUCGACGGGCAGCGGCUGGUCCGCACGUCGAUAUCCACUGGCAAGAGCUUGCAAAGGAGGCUGAUUUCGACAUCAUGCUUGUCUAA